AUGCCUUACCAAGACGAUACUUGUAGAACUCUUCGACAUCAGAUAGAUCAAUAUGCAAGUCGAAUAAGAAAUAUGAAGGGUUCGACUCAGAACGAAGUCUCAGCGCCAGGUUUCGGGCCAUCAAUACAAAACCACAAGACAAUAUCUGAUCAUCUUAAACAUGCCGAAAACAACGAUUCACCCAGCAGCGAGCCAUGGAAGUCGGAUGAUCUCUUUCUCAAAAGAGUCUCACUCUCCAAGCAAGCUUCCUACAAGAUCCUACAGCAUGCCGUUAGGGGCGGAGACGUUGAGAUAAUGGGGAUGCUAGUGGGAACAGUGCAAAAGAGAACUGUUGUCGUGUAUGAUUCAUAUUCCCUGCCGGUCGAGGGUACCGAGACUAGAGUGAAUGCUCAGCUCGAAUCUUACGAAUAUAUGGUGCAGUAUAUGAGUGAAGUUUACGACUCUCGUCCAGAGAAAUGCCAUAUAGUCGGCUGGUACCAUUCACACCCCGGAUACGGGUGCUGGCUGAGUGGCAUAGACGUUCAAACGCAAGAAUUGAAUCAAACUUUCCAGGAUCCUUAUGUGGCUGUAGUGGUGGAUCCUAAGAAGACGUUACAGGAGAACCGAUUAUCAAUUGGUGCCUUUAGGACGGUACCAGUUAAAGAACUUGAUAGUGAAAUGGAUCCCAUUAGUACUAACACGGAAGGCGAUGAACGAUAUGGCCAUCAUUCGGCUAGAUAUUACGAGCUCGAACUUGAAAUUUGUGAGAGUAAGGAUGACGUAGCUUUAAAUCAAUUACACCUGCGAUGUGAAAAGCCCGUCAACGAUUUCUUAAAGGGCGACGUCCUUCUAGAGCAGCUUCUGGAAUGCGUCAAGAAUUGGCACAACUACGAAAAACUAUCUAGUUCCAGUCAGUUUAUUCUCAACGCAUCACCGAUACAAACUACUUAUGAGAUGGAGGAGGCCAAUGUUGAUAUAGAAGCUGGCUCGUCCUUCGUUUCGGUUCCUACCACCGAGAAUAGCUCAGAUUCAAGCCCGGCUGAUGAAAAUCAAAGAAGUGAUGUCGACAUGACAAGCUCUCACUUGAAGAGGCAACUUAGCACCCAAAGUAGUCUUGUGCUAGAGAAUUCAGACGAGGUUAUCCCUGUACCCGAACAAGCGCAUCAGGAAAAGGCUUUAGCUCUGGAAUUUGAGGUGCAAAAGAUGAGACUCAAUUUGUUGAAAUUGCAGGAAUACCAACGUCUGCGGCACUACAGAGAUGCUUUCACGCUGUAA